CCAAAAUAAAGCAAAGAUUCGCAAGCGAAUCGAUAUGACUAAACACUAAUUAGACAGCAUAUUACUCCAGUUAAAGAUACCGAUUAGCCAUUAGUUGCUGCCUAAAGAUGAGCUGGAAGCCAUCGCCCGCCGGUAUAUUCGCCUCAGGUCCUCCCAUGUCAUCUUCUUCAAAUCCCGUUAUAAAUCGCAUCAAACCUAACGCCAGCGGGCUAUCUGCUUUUCAACGUGAAGCCCUAGUGUCAUCAUAUGGCCCUUCUUCAUCAGCGCAACCGAAAGUGCGCACCGAGUGGGAUGUGUUGAAGGAGAACCAUCGGUUCAUAAGGGACGAUGAAGACGCAAAGGAUGUUAGUUGGGAGGAGAGGUUAGCGAGGGCAUAUGAAUCGAAGCUGUUCAAAGAGUUUGCUUUGAUUGAUCUUAAACAUUACAAGUCCAAGAAACUCGCUCUCCGUUGGCGAACAGCUCCUGAAGUCGUCAACGGCAUCGGCGAAGAGACCUGCGCCUCUUUACGCUGCAAAUACCACGAACCCCUGCGAGCGCCAUCUCCCGUAUCAGAUCACGCCGUCGGAUUCAUCUCUCCCCACUCCCGCGCCGAAAGCACUGACAGAAACUAUGGAUGGGAGUAUCUUGGUCAUGAUGAAAAGGAAAGAAGAAGGCGAAAAGAGAAGAAAACAAAGACUACGCCGGAGCUGAAAACGUUUGAGUUACCGUUUGUAUACAUGGAAGCGGGAGAGAGGAAGGAGGCUUUAGUAAAAGUGAGGGUCUGUCCGAGAUGUACAGCCAAGUUGCUGUGGAAGCCAGGACAAGACGAUGUGGAGGAAGAUUUGAUGGGCCAGAUGAGAUCGGGGGAAAGGGAAAACGAAAAGGAAAAAGAGGAUGAGAAGAGGUCAAGGAAGGAUAGGGACAGACGAACGGAAGACAGGGGUAAGUCUGCUGAAGACAAAGAACGGCGGCGGAAACGGAAAGUACAGGAAUGCGAGAGAGGAAGAUCACGAUCCCAGAGUCCUAAAAGGCAUUCCCGGCAUCAUUUCGAAGAAAAAGGAAAAUCCCAUCGACAUCGCUGGGAUUGAUUAUACUGCAUAAAUACAUAAUCAGACACCCCAAUAUACAAUAAAAAGAGUCCUUGUUGUAUGUAUUUAAAACUAGUAACGCUCUCGAUACAGUACGGCAACAAAGGGCGGCACCACUCUAUCUUUGAAACACAUGGCCGGACAAAUAUUCAGCACAUACGAUCCUCUUCUUCCAGAUCAUCAUACAAAUAUAUCUCUUCCUCACCCACCCUCAUGCGCUUCCAAAUGGUCUGGUUAUCAUGAUAUUCCAAAGAAUAAGCAGGCCGUUUGUAAUUCGAACGGUCCUGUGAAGAGUAACUGUGGCAACCCCGUUCGGUGUAUUCCUGGGAGUAGACGCUCUCGCCUCGCGGAGUAAAAAGGGGAAGGCUGGCAUAGCUUUCAGACGGAGUCGGACAUUAACAAUCGUCCGCGAGGAAUAGCAAAGUCUACUCACGAGAUUUACGAACUUUGGCUCUCUGAAAAUUUGACA